AUGGCGGCAUCACAACCGUACGCCCAGCUCGCGAAGGCGCUUCCGGCCCGCCUGCAGCGCUUCAUCGCCCGGUAUCCGGCGCCCUCGAUCCUACCUGCAGGCGCCAACCCCGAGACCUUCAAGACAGGCUACCAGGAAGCCAGUGCAAACCCCUUUUCCCGACAGAAGCACCCGGUGACAGGCGUGUGGCACGAGCCCGUAUACUCUCUGCGUCGCCAGGCUGAGCUGGUGAAACUCGCGCGCGAGCAUGGCGUUGAGGAACUGCUGCCGCCUACCGUCAAGGGAUCAGAGUACCAGCUUGCCCACCGGGUUGAACACGGUCUGAGGGUCAAGGGUACGGGUGUGGGACAGAAGGUUAAGGGCCACCAGCACGAGAGGAUGGUCAUGCCAAGAAUGGAGAGGAGGAGAAACGCCAUGCUAAACAUGCCAGACUUGAUGAGGCAGUGGAAGAAGGUCGGAAAGUACAGGUGGAAGAAGUUCCCCAAGUCCGUCAACGGUUGA